ACUCGCCCCCGGGCGCAGGAAGCAGGAAGCACGUGGAGCCAGAGAGCAAGUUCCUCCUGUUUUCUUCCAGUGGCUUUUCAAUCCCAGUUGCGCUUCUUCUGCCUCUCAGACAGAGACGAAGAACAUAGAUAUGCCGCAGAGAUUAUAUUUGCAAGAAGCGGCGCGGGUGGCUUCUUAGAUCCCGGCACCGACAGCUCCUCUCCCAAAUCUUUCGCAGGUAGCUGUGGUUGGAAGAACGUAGGCACACACCUGUUGGGUUUCUGCCUGCAUCUCGGCCUGUACAUUCCUGCACUUGGGUUGCCAACUGGCUGGUGUCACGAUGGCAGCGACAUCCUUGAUUUGCUCCGGGACGGUGAGCAGGGUCAGCUCCGUGCUCAACCGAGACGUGAAGCAGUUUGGGAAGAAGUUUAUGUUUGAUGGGAAUGAGGAGACUUGCUGGAACUCAGAUCAGGGUGCCACCCAGUGGUUGACGCUGGAAUUUCCGCAGGCCGUCCGGGCGUCCCAGGUCCAGAUCCAAUUUCAGGGGGGAUUUGCAAGCCAGAAGUGUGUUGUGCAAGGCUGCCAGAACGGAGGCGAUCUUUCCCCGGUGGCGGAAUUCUACCCUGAGGAUACAAAUUCUCUGCAACAUUUCUCCCUGGAGGAAACUCCUCUCAACAAACUCAAGAUCACCUUUGAAAACAGCACAGAUUUCUUCGGACGGGUGAUUGUCUACCAGCUUGAUGUUCGUGGGGUGAAACUUUGACUCUGGAAGUCCUCAUGUGACUGUUUUUUUAUUAUUAUUUUGUGCCUUUUUCACAACAGCCAAAACCUCACAAAUCCAAUUCUGGAGUUGUUGUGCGUUGCUUCUGAAAUGGAAGUGUCUCUUUGCCCUGGUUUGCAACUCGAGGACAUCCCAUAAUUUUACUUACGGCGGAAAUGCAAGUUGUAAAAAUAAAAAAAUUGAAUUUUAUUUUGACUGAGAUGAUAAAUAUUACUAAAGAAACAAUUGUUUGUUAUCCAAAUUAAUGCUUUUGAUGAUACCAAUGUAGACAUAAUGCCCAAAGAACUGGUCUUACAUACGAUCUUGGCAGCUCAAAUAGUAAUUGCAACUCAGUGGGAAACAUCCCAAAAUCUUACACCUGGAGGCUUAGUGCCACUCACUCUGGAAAAUGGAGGAAAUUUGAGAUUUCAAUGAGGACUAGAACCUCCAGGUGCUUUUUAUGCAGUCUGGCAUCCAUUCGUCACAUGGCCAUCUGCACUGCAGGGGGUUGGACUAGAUGACCCCUGGGCCCCUUCCAACUCUACAAUCCUGUGAUUCUAUGUACGAUGGGACAGUCAUUUUCAAGACAACUCUUGUCACAAGUCUGGCAAAUCUGAAACUAGACUUUCACUUGGACUUUUGUCAUGUGCAACUGGGCUCAUUCUGAGUGUCUGUCAGAUACUUUUCUUUUUCACCUUUCCGUUGUCGUUCAUUGUUCUCUCUGUUUCAUAUGCAUCACAAAAUGAAAUAAAAAUCUCUUUGCAACAA